AUGGUGAUGUUACAAUCACCUACAAAACCCACGGAUACCGCCGCACAACAAACGGCCAUCAACAGCUCUCAAAUGAGUCCCAACUCACAGCCGGAUUCCCCAAAAUCGAAUACAUCACCCGAAGUGACAACAAAAUCAACAGCCACCGUUGCCGCCGGUGAUAACAACAUGUCAACACCAACCACACCAUCAUCGGGAUUACCCUCACCAACGGGCAAAAUACCGAAAUUUAUCAUAACCCCGCAAAAUAAUCAACAGGCUGUGAAUCAAAAUAAUAAUAAUAAUAACAACAACAAUAAUAAUAAUGCAAAUAACAACAACAACAUGAAAAACAACGAAGAAAGUUUACGUUACUCCAUGGAAAAGCUAAAACAAAUGACCGAACAAAGACGUUCUGCAUCGCCCAAAAAUGAUGAAACCGAAACGGAACAAAAUGGUCAUGAAAAUCACAGGCGUUCGCAAACACCUCCAUCGGCUGGAACUCAACAGCAGCAGCAACAACAACAUCAACCACAACAAUUGCAAUUUAUUUCGGCAACACCACCCCGGAAACUGAUGGAAUUAAAUUCGGUACGCCAAUUGGCACGACCGGAACCAUUGCAGCAUCCCCAUGCUGCUCUACUGCAACAACAUCCACAUUUGUUGCAAAAUCCCCAAUUUUUGGCAGCUGCAGCUCAUCAUGCCCAACAUGGUCAUGGUCACCCGCAUCAUCAUCAUCCUGGACAUCCAGUAUUUCAUGCUCAUCUUCCGACGGCUGCAGCAGUGGCAGCCACGGCAUUCCAUUUGAGAGGUCCGCCACUACCACCAACCGCCACAUCGACUCUCAGUUUGCCAGGACACACACAUGCCCCAUCACCGGCCCAUUCUCCUCUCUCACCACCCAAUUCGCCACCACAUUCCGAACAACAACAGCAAUCAACAAAUGGACUACAAAUGCCUUUAACUCUAACACCUACAACAUCAACAACUUCUUCUUCCUCUUCUGCCACAACCAACGUCCCUUUACCCCACACUAAUCCCCAACUGUCAACAAUUUCUCUGCAACCCUCAUCACAGACGGGUCAAAUACCAGCCGUAUCAUCAUCAGUACAUUUAUCUUUAAGUCCCUCAUCAUCUUCGACCACAAUAUCAUCAAGCUCGUCCAGUUCCAGUUCACAUCAACAGCAUCCUCACCAUCUUCAUCAUCAGCUCCAACAGCAGCAGCAUUCACAUCAUGAUAUGGAUUUGGAAAAGUUGAAAUUGGUUGCCCAAGCCCAAGCAGCAGUGGCUGCCCGUUCUGCUGGUCAAGCUGUUAGCGCCGCAAAUCGUCCGGAUUUAAGUGAUUAUGGUUUUAGAAUACAAUUGGGUGGCUUGGCCGCAGCUGCAGCAGCAGCGGCCGCUACAUCGAGGCAAAUUGCCGCCGCAAAUUAUGCACGAAGUGAUACAAGUGAAGAGUUGAAUGUCGAUGGCAAUGAUGAGGAAAGCAACGAUGAGGGAUCACAAGGUCCACCGUCGGUCUGUCCCGUUGAUUUAACCCGUUCGGUACCGAAUGGCCAUGUUAACUCAACCACUAAUUCACCGACAUCGACCACCUCCGGACAAACGACAACAACAACCAGCGAAAAAGAGACAACAAAACGUUUAGCAUUUUCCGUAGAAAAUAUUUUGGAUCCAACAAAAUUUACAGGAAAAAUGCAACAACAACAGCAACACUAUGCCAAUCAAAGACAAUGGAGUUGUAGUGGUAGCAGUAACUAUGAUCGAGAUGAGGAAAUGCAUGAUGAUGAGCAUAGUGAAGAUAUGUCGGCCCAAGACCUUAAUGACAUGGACCAAGAUGACAUGUGCGACGAUGGCAUGAGUGAUAUUGAUGAUCAUGCAAGUGAGACGGAUUCAAAAAAGGGUGAUGGCCGUUCCGGUGAUGGUAAAUCGAAUAGCAGUAGUGGUGGUUCAAAGCCCAGGCGAGCCCGUACGGCAUUCACCUAUGAACAGUUGGUGUCCUUGGAGAAUAAAUUCAAAACGACCCGGUAUCUAAGUGUUUGCGAACGAUUGAAUUUGGCAUUGAGUUUGUCGCUGACUGAGACGCAGGUGAAAAUCUGGUUUCAAAACCGUCGCACCAAAUGGAAGAAACAAAAUCCUGGUAUGGAUGUCAACAGCCCCACAAUUCCACCACCUACCGGUUCAUUUGGUCCUGGUGCUUAUGCCAGUAGUCUUCUCUACUCACACACUAUGCCCUAUUCACCCUAUGGCCCAUAUUUCCAUCCCUUGGGUGCGGCACAUCAUCUAAGUCAUUCGCAUUCAUAAAAUUGUAAGAUGCAACAUAAAUUGUUGCAAAUAAUGGAAAUGCGUAAAUAUCAAGGACUAAGGAAGGAGU